AGCAAACUCAACAUAGUUUUGAUAUUUCCGCUUAUAAGUCUAAAACAUUUCAGAUAAUGUCCACAAAAGCGCUGUUUUUAGAGGAAUUUGACUUCUCAAGACACAUUUUGUAUACUUUUGUACAUGGUUACAUAACUAUGCUAACAGAUCUUUUGCAGAUAUCUGAAAUGUUUACGACUAAAUAAGCGAAAGUUAGUGGGGACGUUAAUAGGAGUUUGUUAACCUUAUCUCACAACACCUAGUUGCUUAUAAUUAUUUUUACGUAUUUAGGUAGUUGUAAAUUAUUGAAUGUAUAUUUACUUAUUAAUAUUUUUGAAUAAUAUGAUUACAAUGAAUUCAUUAAUAAGAUCAUCAUGCAGAUUUAAAUCCGCAUUAGCUGCAAAUAUAUUGACAACAAACAUAUUUGAUAGUUCUUACAGAAUAACUUUGUGUGAAGCUAAGACUAGGAAUACAUUAUCUAGUACUAUGCUACAAUUGUUAAUAGAAGAAAUUGAAAAUGCAAAAGAAAACCAACUUAUAAAAAGUGUUGUAAUAAACAGCAGUGGAUCUAUAUUUUCUGCUGGUCAUAAUCUCAAAGAACUUACAGAAUUUUCAAAUCAAAAAAAAGUUUUUUCAUUAGCAACCAAACUAAUGAAUGUGAUACUACAUUGUCCAAUACCAAUAAUUACUGCAGUAGAUGGAUUAGCUGCAGCAGCCGGUUGCCAAUUAGUAGCAGCUUCUGAUAUAGCAAUAUGCACUGAACGAAGUCAUUUUUCAACACCAGGAGUAAAUAUUGGAUUAUUUUGUUCUACUCCUGGAAUAUCACUAAGUAGAUGUGUACCUAAAAAAAUUUCUUCUUAUAUGUUAUUCACCGGAGAAUCAAUUAAUGCAAGAGAAGCUUUUAAUGCUGGUCUUGUCAGCAAAGUUGUGCAUCCUAAUGACUUUGCUAGUAUUGAGGUCAGUUUUUGUUAUUCAGAUGAGGAAAUUAAUAAAUUGACGACAUUAAUUGGUGAAAAAAGUAGAGCAGUAAUUAUUCAUGGAAAAAAAUUUUUCAACAAACAAAUUAAUGAAAAUGUGGAAACUGCUUUCAGAAUGGGUGAAAAAGCCAUGAUGGAUAAUUUACAAAUAGAUGACUGUAAAGAAGGUCUUCAAUCAUUUAUCCAAAAACGAAAACCACAUUGGUCCAGCUAAUUUAAAAUAAUUUUUAUUGAGAACUUCACAAUUUUUUUUUUUUAUUGUAUAUCAAUUUGUUUUUUUUUUAAUAGCAUACCAUUUUGACAGUAUGUAAAUAUAUAUAUUUGUAUAUUAGUUUUUAUUUGACAGUUAUUUUAAUUUUUAUAUUCACAUAACUUAUUGAAUUACAAAAUUGAAUUUUAAAAAUAA